AGCAGGACGGAGCCCCGCGCCGGAGAGCUGCCGCGCCCGGUCCCGCGCCCAGGCUCGGCGGCCCCAGCAGUUUCCUUCGCUGUGACAAGGAUGUGCCUGGGUCGCCUUAUUCCCCUUCUCUCCUUAAGACGAUUUCCAUAGUAACCUGAUCAAGUGGCUCAAUUUCGCAAACCUGAGGAUUUCGGCGGCCCGCGGGCAUGACCUCAGCCAGGUUUACAGGAACUCUGUAAAUUUUUCUAUUAAAAUGGGAAAUCGUGAAGAAAGAAAAAGAUAGCAGUUGGAUUUAACAUUCCUGGAUGAAAAUUUCACUUUUGAGAAGUCAACGAUAUGCUGAUUUGGAAGGUCCUGGGAGGAAAUUGCAAACUUUAUUUUUUUCAUUCAAUCAAUGGAUUUUUUGAUCAUUACUUGGAGUCGAUGAAGUUCUGAGAUAGUGUGUGAUGGGAAAUGUGGUAUGCCGCUGUUUUCCUGUGAUUGCAUCUUGGAUUAGUUUGCUGCUUUUCUGAAGAGAUUGCAUUUUGAAGGGCAAGAACCUAAUGUGAUGGAUUUAUCUUCAGAAAUGAACAGACAUGGGAAGAAUCUAGUGAGUCACAAGCUAGAAGACCAGAAGAAGAUUUACACUGACUGGGCCAACCACUACCUAGCAAAAUCGGGCCACAAGCGGCUGAUCAAGGAUUUGCAACAGGACAUUGCAGAUGGAGUGCUGCUAGCAGAAAUCAUCCAGAUCAUCGCAAAUGAAAAAGUUGAAGAUAUCAAUGGAUGUCCUAGAAGUCAUUCUCAGAUGAUUGAAAAUGUUGAUGUCUGCCUUAGUUUUCUAGCAGCCAGAGGAGUAAAUGUUCAAGGUCUAUCUGCUGAAGAAAUAAGAAAUGGAAACUUAAAAGCCAUUCUAGGGCUGUUUUUCAGUCUGUCUCGCUACAAGCAGCAGCAACACCGACAGCAGCAGUAUUACCAGUCUUUGGUGGAACUUCAGCAACGAGUCACUCACACAUCGCCUCCUCCGGAACCCAGUCAGGUCAAAACACAGCAAGAUAUGCAGUCCAGUCUGACAGCCAGAUAUGCAACUCAGUCUAAUCACAGUGGAAUUGCAACCAGUCAGAAAAAGCCUACUAGACUUCCGGGACCCUCUCGGGUGCCAGGCGCAGGUAGCAACAGCAGCAAGGCCCAGGGAGCAUCCAACCUAAACCGGAGGAGUCAGAGCUUUAACAGCAUUGAUAAAAACAAGCCUCCAAAUUAUUCAAAUGGGAACGAAAAAGAUUCCUCCAAAGGCCCUCCACCAUCUUCAGGUGUAAAUGGUAAUAUGCAGCCUCCUAGCACUGCGGGGCAGCCCCCUGCCUCUGCCAUCCCUUCUCCAAGUGCCAGCAAGCCCUGGCGCAGCAAGUCCAUGAAUGUCAAGCACAGUGCCACCUCUACCAUGCUGACAGUGAAGCAGUCGAGUCCAGCCACCUCUCCCACACCGUCUUCAGACAGACUGAAGCCACCGGUCUCGGAAGGGGUCAAACCUGCUCCCUCAGGCCAGAAAUCUAUGCUUGAAAAAUUCAAGCUGGUUAAUGCACGGACUGCUUUACGGCCCCCGCAGUCUCCCAGUUCAGGACCCAGUGAUGGUGGGAAGGAUGAUGAUGCCUUUUCUGAAUGUAGUGAAAUGGAAGGCUUUAAUAGCGGUUUGAAUAGUGGUGGCUCAACAAAUAGCAGUCCCAAAGUAUCACCUAAAUUGGCCCCUCCGAAAGCUGGAAGCAAAAAUCUCAGCAAUAAAAAGUCUUUGCUACAGCCAAAGGAAAAAGAGGAAAAAAACAGGGACAAAAAUAAAAUUUGCACUGAUAAACCAGUUAAGGACGAGAAGGAUCAGGUGACUGAGACAACUCCAAAAAAAACCUCCAAAAUCGCCAGCUUGAUCCCAAAGGGCAGCAAGACCGCAGCAGCCAAGAAGGAAAGUUUAAUUCCAUCUUCCAGUGGGAUUCCAAAACCAGGCUCAAAGGUGCCCACCGCAAAGCAGACCAUUUCACCCGGCGGUACAGCAAGCAAAGAGUCUGAGAAAUUCAGGACUACCAAGGGAAGCCCUUCCCAGUCCUUACCCAAGCCCAUAGCCACCGAGAAAGCAAGCACAUCCCACUGCCCUGCCCCUCUGGACGGGAGGGAAGCUGGCCACGCUUCUCCCUCCGGUUCCUGCACUGUGUCGGUGCAGAGCAGCAGUCAGAGCACAGGAAAUGGCGCUGUCCAUCUCCCUCAGCAGCAGCAGCACAGCCACCCGAACACCGCCACCGUGGCUCCAUUCAUUUACAGAGCACAUUCAGAAAAUGAAGGGACCUCUUUACCAUCUGCGGACUCCUGCACCAGUCCGACGAAGAUGGACUCAUCCUAUAGUAAGACUGCUAAGCAGUGCCUGGAGGAGAUAUCUGGUGAGGAUCCAGAAACAAGAAGAAUGAGAACUGUUAAAAACAUAGCAGAUCUGAGGCAGAAUUUAGAGGAAACUAUGUCUAGUCUUCGUGGGACUCAGAUAAGCCACAGCACCCUGGAGACAACAUUUGACAGCACUGUGACUACAGAAGUGAACGGGAGGACCAUACCCAACCUGACAGGUCGACCCACUCCCAUGACCUGGAGGCUGGGUCAGGCGAGUCCUCGACUGCAGGCUGGAGACGCCCCCUCCAUGGGUGCCGGCUACCCUCGCAGCGGGACCAGUCGGUUUAUCCACACUGACCCCUCCAGGUUCAUGUACACAACCCCUCUCCGCAGAGCUGCUGUCUCUCGGCUGGGAAACAUGUCACAAAUGGACAUGAGCGAGAAAGCGAGCAGUGACCUGGACAUGUCUUCCGAGGUGGAUGUUGGUGGAUACAUGAGUGAUGGUGAUAUCCUGGGGAAAAGUCUCAGGUCUGACGACAUCAACAGUGGGUACAUGACAGAUGGAGGGCUUAACCUGUACACCAGGAGCCUGAACCGGGUACCAGACACAACGACUUCCAGAGAUGUUAUCCAGAGAGGCGUUCAUGAUGUAACGGUGGAUGCAGACAGCUGGGAUGACAGCAGCUCCGUGAGCAGUGGUCUCAGUGACACCCUAGAUAACAUCAGCACUGAUGACCUGAACACCACAUCCUCGGUCAGCUCUUACUCCAACAUCACUGUCCCUUCCAGGAAGAACACUCAGCUGAAGACAGAUUCCGAAAAACGUUCUACAGCCGAUGAGACCUGGGAUAGUCCCGAGGAGCUGAAGAAAACAGAAGAAGAUUUUGACAGCCAUGGUGACGGCGGUGGCAAGAGGAAGAGCAGCUCUUCCUCGGGUGUUCUCGAGGACUCAGAGAAGGCCGGGCAGAAAGCCUCGCUGGCUGUUUCGCAGACCGGCUCCUGGAGAAGAGGCAUGUCUACCCAAGGCAGUGCUCCAGCCAGACAGAAAGCUGGCGCAAGUGCGCUCAAGACCCCUGGGAAAACAGAUGAUGCCAAAGCUUCUGAGAAAGGGAAAACACCACUGAAAGGAUCAUCUCUACAAAGGUCUCCUUCAGAUGCCGGAAAAAGCAGUGGGGAUGAGGGGAAAAAGCCCCCAUCCGGCAUUGGAAGAUCAACUGCCACCAGCUCUUUUGGAUUUAAGAAGCCAAGUGGAGUUGGGUCAUCUGCAAUGAUCACUAGCAGUGGAGCAACCAUCACAAGUGGCUCGGCAACUCUGGGUAAAAUCCCCAAAUCCGCUGCCAUCGGUGGGAAGUCCAGUGCAGGGAGAAAAACCAGUCUAGAUGGUUCCCAGAACCAGGAUGAGGUUGUGUUGCAUGUGAGCUCAAAGACAACGCUACAGUACCGCAGCUUGCCCCGCCCUUCGAAGUCGAGCGCUAGUGGCAUUCCGGGGAGAGGUGGCCACAGAUCCAGUACCAGCAGCAUUGACUCCAACGUCAGCAGCAAGUCAGCUGGUGCCACCACCUCCAAGCUGAGAGAACCAACAAAGAUUGGGUCAGGGCGCUCAAGUCCUGUCUCUGUCAACCAAACAGACAAAGAGAAAGAAAAAGUAGCAGUCUCUGAUUCAGAGAGUGUUUCUUUGUCAGGUUCCCCCAAGUCCAGCCCCACCUCUGCCAGUGCCUGUGGUACCCAAGGACUCAGGCAGCCAGGUUCCAAGUAUCCAGAUAUUGCCUCACCUACAUUCCGAAGGUUGUUUGGUGCCAAGGCAGGUGGCAAAUCUGCCUCUGCACCUAGCACUGAGGGUGUGAAAUCCUCCUCAGUAGUGCCCAGCCCUAGUACCACAUUAGCGCGGCAAGGCAGUCUGGAAUCGCCAUCGUCUGGUACGGGCAGCAUGGGCAGUGCUGGUGGGCUGAGUGGCGGCAGCAGCCCUCUCUUCAAUAAACCCUCAGACUUAACGACAGAUGUUAUAAGCUUAAGUCACUCUUUGGCUUCCAGCCCAGCAUCGGUUCACUCUUUCACAUCAGGUGGUCUUGUGUGGGCUGCCAAUCUGAGCAGUUCCUCUGCCGGCAGCAAGGACACUCCAAGUUACCAGUCCAUGACUAGCCUCCAUACGAGCUCUGAGUCCAUUGACCUGCCCCUCAGCCAUCACGGCUCCUUGUCUGGACUGACCACAGGCACUCACGAGGUGCAGAGUCUGCUCAUGAGAACGGGUAGUGUGAGAUCUACUCUCUCAGAAAGCAUGCAGCUUGACAGAAAUACACUCCCCAAAAAGGGACUAAGAUACACCCCAUCAUCUCGGCAGGCCAACCAAGAAGAGGGCAAAGAGUGGUUGCGUUCUCAUUCUACUGGAGGGCUGCAGGAUACCGGCAACCAGUCACCUCUGGUCUCCCCUUCUGCCAUGUCAUCUUCUACUACAGGAAAAUACCACUUCUCCAACUUGGUGAGUCCAACCAACCUGUCUCAGUUUAACCUUCCCGGGCCCACCAUGAUGCGCUCCAACAGCAUCCCAGCCCAGGACUCCUCCUUCGAUCUCUACGAUGACUCUCAACUUUGUGGGAGCGCCACUUCCCUGGAGGAGAGGCCACGAGCCAUCAGUCACUCGGGCUCCUUCAGGGACAGCAUGGAAGAAGUUCAUGGCUCUUCGUUGUCCUUGGUCUCCAGCACUUCUUCUCUGUAUUCCACAGCUGAAGAAAAGGCUCAUUCAGAGCAAAUCCAUAAACUGAGAAGAGAGCUGGUUGCAUCCCAAGAAAAAGUUGCUACUCUCACAUCUCAACUCUCAGCAAAUGCUCAUCUCGUAGCAGCUUUUGAAAAGAGUUUAGGAAAUAUGACUGGCCGAUUGCAAAGUCUAACAAUGACAGCAGAACAAAAGGAGUCAGAACUUAUAGAGCUAAGAGAAACCAUUGAAAUGCUGAAGGCCCAGAAUUCUGCUGCCCAGGCGGCUAUUCAGGGGGCGCUGAAUGGUCCGGACCAUCCUCCCAAAGAUCUUCGCAUCAGAAGACAGCAUUCCUCUGAAAGUGUUUCUAGUAUCAACAGUGCCACCAGCCAUUCCAGUAUUGGCAGUGGUAACGAUGCUGACUCCAAGAAGAAGAAAAAGAAAAACUGGGUGAACUCUAGAGGAAGUGAGCUAAGAAGCUCUUUCAAACAAGCCUUUGGAAAGAAAAAGUCCACCAAGCCUCCCUCCUCACAUUCCGACAUCGAAGAGCUCACUGAUUCAUCCCUGCCUGCCUCCCCUAAGCUGCCCCAUAACGCUGGUGACUGUGGUUCAACCUCUCUCAAGCCGUCUCAUUCUGCCUCGGCGAUCUGUGAAUGCACAGAGGCUGAGGCAGAGAUAAUUCUGCAGCUGAAAAGUGAGCUCCGAGAAAAGGAAUUAAAAUUAACAGAUAUUCGGCUGGAGGCGCUCAGCUCUGCUCAUCACCUGGAUCAGAUACGGGAAGCCAUGAACCGGAUGCAGAAUGAAAUUGAAAUCCUGAAGGCUGAAAAUGACCGGCUAAAGGCGGAAACUGGAAACACUGCUAAGCCUACUCGGCCUCCGUCAGAGUCCGCCAGCAGCACAUCCUCCUCCUCCUCCCGGCAGUCCCUGGGGCUUUCCCUCAACAACCUGAACAUCACGGAGUCUGUCUCCUCAGAUAUUUUACUAGAUGAUGCUGGCGAUACAUCUGGACAUAAAGAUGGCCGCAGUGUGAAAAUUAUAGUCUCCAUAAGCAAGGGCUAUGGUCGGGCAAAGGAUCAGAAGUCUCAGGCAUAUUUGAUUGGAUCCAUUGGUGUCAGUGGAAAAACCAAAUGGGACGUCUUAGAUGGUGUAAUUAGACGACUCUUUAAGGAGUAUGUGUUCCGAAUUGAUACAACUUCCAGCCUUGGUCUGAGCUCUGACUGCAUCGCUAGCUAUUGUAUAGGGGAUUUAAUUAGAUCCCCUAACUUAGAAGUGCCUGAACUGCUGCCUUGUGGAUAUCUUGUAGGAGAUAAUAACACCAUCACUGUGAAUUUAAAAGGAGUAGAAGAAAACAGUUUGGAUAGUUUUGUUUUUGAUACACUGAUUCCUAAACCAAUUACCCAAAGGUACUUUAACUUGUUGAUGGAGCAUCACAGAAUUAUACUCUCAGGACCAAGUGGUACUGGAAAGACCUAUUUAGCAAACAAACUUGCUGAAUAUGUUAUAGCCAAAUCUGGGAGGAAAAAAACAGAGGAUGCUAUUGCCACUUUCAAUGUGGACCACAAGUCAAGUAAGGAAUUACAACAGUAUCUGGCUAACUUAGCUGAGCAGUGCAGUGCUGAUAAUAACGGUGUAGAGCUCCCGGUUGUAAUAAUUCUUGAUAAUCUUCAUCAUGUGGGAUCUUUGAGUGAUAUCUUCAAUGGCUUUCUCAACUGUAAAUACAAUAAAUGUCCAUAUAUCAUUGGAACAAUGAAUCAGGGAGUUUCUUCGUCACCAAACCUAGAACUGCAUCACAACUUCAGGUGGGUAUUAUGUGCAAACCACACAGAACCAGUGAAGGGCUUUUUAAGUAGAUACCUUCGAAGGAAACUGGUAGAGCUGGAAAUUGAAAGGAAUAUACGCAAUAAUGACUUAGUCAAAAUUAUAGAUUGGAUUCCUAAAACAUGGCAUCAUCUCAACAGUUUUUUGGAAACGCACAGUUCUUCCGAUGUUACCAUUGGUCCCCGACUUUUCCUUCCCUGCCCCAUGGAUGUAGAAGGUGCUAGAGUUUGGUUCAUGGACCUCUGGAAUUAUUCUUUGGUACCUUACAUUCUGGAGGCAGUAAGAGAAGGCCUUCAGAUGUAUGGGAAACGCGCGCCGUGGGAAGACCCCUCCAAAUGGGUGCUUGACACUUACCCAUGGAGCUCAACGUCUCUGCCACAGGAGGGCCCAGCAUUGCUUCAGCUGCGCCCUGAAGAUGUGGGGUAUGAGGGCUGCACAUCCACAAAAGAAGCAACAACCUCAAAGCACAUUCCACAGACCGACACAGAAGGGGACCCUCUGAUGAAUAUGCUAAUGAAACUUCAAGAAGCAGCCAAUUACUCGGGCACACAGAGCUGCGACAGCGAUAGCACCAGCCACCAUGAAGACAUUUUGGAUUCAUCUCUUGAAUCUACCCUCUAGAGGGUGAAAACAGCAAGGGGAAAAGAUGAUGAUUUUAAAAAUGGUUUCUUUUGAAAGGUAUUUUCACUAAACCACUGCCAGUAUGAAAGCACCCUGUCCAAGGCCCUGACCCAGAGUUGUGGUCUCUGAGGAGGCAGCAGAACCAAGUUUGAACUGCCAGGAUGCUAAAUUGAAAUGGGAGCUUAACUUUAUUUUAUUUCUAGGCAUUUUUAUAUCCACGGAGCAACACGAGGCUCCAUCACUCAACUGGAAAGGACCCUAGUGAUGGGCAACUGAAUAGAUUGCACAUGGGAUAGCUGAACUGGACUUUAUUUUCUUGGUCUUAAAAAGUUUACAAUGUCGACCCUUUUUUUGUCACUUUCUUUUGAUUCCUCUAAGGGACUUUCUCCCCAGACAGGGUCCAUUCCUCUGAUCUGUCCAAUCUCCUUUGUGCCACAUGGUGCUGGUCGCACGGCUCCAGUAGUGUUUGUGUUGCGCGCUCACCCCAUUCCAGAACGCAGCCAAGAGGCCAGGCCUCCAUAAGCACAAAUGGAAUUGUGCAACCACCAGAGAACACUACUGGGGCAAACUGGAGAAGUGCCAAUGCAAUUCCGACCGCCAUAUUCUCAUGAUGUGCUCCACCAACUUUUUAGUGUAUGAGUCACAGGUUUUAUAAGGUUGUUUUUACCACAGUGGUCUUUUGAAACCACCUGCCCACUCCCUUAACAAGAGUUUUAUACCAAUUCUAGGUCAACACUGAUCAAAGGCUUCUUUAGGGCUUUAUUUGUUUGAGCCUUUUCAGUGCAAGAAGGAACAUUUCCUAUGGUGCUGUCUCACUGCCUUAAAACAGAUUUCUACAACAGUGUAACAGUUGGUUUAAAUCCUGAACCAUUGGUAAUUUCCACUGUCUUUUCAUUUCUAACCGAGCAAUGCCAGUUAACACAGUAGCUUCAUCUCGAUAUCAUUCUGUUUUCUUUUAUUUUAAGAAAUGGAUAGGAGAAAGAUCAGUAUUUUUGCCUUGUGAAUAGGUUGCUUUGCCUAUCCCCGAAACUAUUCUAGUAAUCUAGAAACCCUCUUUGACUGUCACGUAAGAGCAGAGGCAUGUGGCUAAAUUUUAAGUUCUAAGUGAAAGAGUUCCAGAAGGUGGGAGAUUUUGAAUUCUGGUCCAGCAGAGCUGGAAGCACCAGACGCAGCACGAGCACAACUAUUUAGCUUUCCUUCCCUACUCUUUGUUUUUCUUUCAUUCGUUUUGACGCAUGUUGUUUUGAUUGCUAUUCUUGUACAUGGGAAAUUCAGCAUUGCAGAACACUGAAGCAGUAAAGUCACUGUGGAAGAGGAAGCGUAUAUACUGUAAAGGAAGGUUAGAUUUGCACAGUCUACUGGGUAGGUAUUGUAAAUAAUACUUUUUCAAACUUGCACAAAUCGAAACAAACACAAACAAAAGUUGUAUUUUAUCCUGUUGGUGUUAAGAGGUGUUUCACUUGCUGAGAUUUCCUGUACGUUGCAAACAAAUACAGAAUGCAAACCCUCAAAACUGUUAUUAUCUGGUGUAUUUGUCCUGUAUUUACAGUUGUUAGGACUAUGCAGGAACUAUCAGUGCUAGAGUAAGCAUGCUUCAAAACUGUACAUGAAGCCAAUACAUUUUUGGAUAAGUAACACUGUCUGAAAGUACAUCUGUUGUGGCAGGCUUUAAAGAGAGUGCGUGGAAACUGAUUAGCCACUGGAGAAGCUCUCACCACACACAGAGCACAGGUAUUAAGUUUGUGAAACUCAAGGGCUAGGCCAUGGUGUAGACUUGUUCUAUGCAUGUGCAAAUGUGUGACUUCUAGGACGUGUAAAUGGUGCUACCCUCUGUGACCACCCGUGGGUCAGUUGCUAUAGAACAAUAACAGCACCACAAGACAUCGGUGCAGUUUUCAGAGUGUUGCUAAGUGUACAGGUCCUUUCACGGUGCUAUUGCCCUGAGGGAAAUCUGAACUGAAUAUAUGCACAUAGAAUUGUCACCCUGACUUUGAAGCCUAAAACAUGGUUCAAAUCUCUUGUGCAACAUCAAUAUAUAUAGCUGGAUGAGUGAUUAGUAGCCCUUGUAUAAUAUGUGAUCAAAAAAAAUUGCUAAUCUUUCCCUGCCAUUUUGAGAAACAUAGUCCGAACAUGAGCAUAAGCAGAAUAUCCUGCAAUACAUCCCAGUAGGUCCACCUAGUUUACAACUUAAACUAGUUUGUGAAACAUUUGUCUGUAUACAUUUUAUAUUUUGUACAUUUUUGAUGUAACAUAUCAUGUAAAUAGGCAGAAACAGUGAAAUAAAUCAUCUGAAAAGUUUUGUAGUCUUUGUAAAGCUCUGACAAUAAGUACUUGGUGUCAAUGGACUUAACUGGAUGAUGUAUUUUCUAUUGGUUUAUUGUUCCUCUAGCUUGUAAACCAGCUUGCAUAUAUUUUUUUGCAAAUGUGCACCCUGUAUCUGUCUAAAUUAUUACUUUGCCAUUAAAGUGGAAUUAUUUAUUGACAA